UACUUCAUCGCAACAACCAACUAAUCAUAAGCCUUUCUCUCUCUCUCUCUCCUUCCCAUUUCUUCUAAAAUUUGUAGAAUAAUUCCCAUUACCACUCCCAUGGCUGAGCCUAGUUCAUUCUCUAUGACCUUUCCAUCCUUGAAACUUCGCUUCUACUUCUUCAUAUUCUUAUGCUUUAAUAUUGGUAUAGUCUCAGCUCAAUUAUCCUCUGAUUUUUACUCCACAACUUGUCCAAAUGUGCUUUCAACCAUUAAGACAGAAGUGGAUACUGCUGUGAACAAUGAGGCUCGUAUGGGAGCAUCCCUGCUCCGUCUCCAUUUCCAUGAUUGUUUUGUCCAAGGAUGUGAUGCAUCAAUAUUGUUGGAUGACACAUCGAAUUUCACAGGUGAGAAGACAGCUCUUCCGAAUGCAAAUUCUGUGAGAGGUUUUGAUGUAAUAGACACCAUCAAGUCUAAAGUGGAGAGCUUGUGCCCUGGUGUUGUCUCUUGUGCUGAUAUCGUUGCUGUAGCAGCUAGAGACUCAGUUGUAGCUCUUGGAGGAACAAGUUGGACAGUGCAAUUGGGCAGAAGAGAUUCAACCGAUGCAAGUUUAAGUUUAGCAAACUCAGAUUUGCCCGCUUUCUCUUUGAAUUUAAGUGAUCUUAUCACUGCAUUUUCUAACAAAGGCUUCACAGCUAAAGAAAUGGUUGCUCUAUCAGGAUCUCACACAAUUGGCCAAGCUGGCUGCAUAACCUUCAGAACAAGAAUAUACAACGAAACCAACAUCGACUCCACCUUUGCAACAUCAUUGCAAGCAAACUGUCCCAGUACAGGUGGUGAUACUAAUUUGUCCCCAAUUGACACCACCAGUCAAAACAGCUUCGACAACGCUUACUACAAGAACUUGCAGAGCCAAAAGGGUCUCUUCCACUCAGAUCAAGAGCUCUUCAAUGGAGGAUCCACAGACUCUGAUGUAAAUGGUUACAGCAGCGACUCUGCGAGUUUCUUGACCGACUUUGCCAACGCCAUGGUUAAAAUGGGGAACCUCAGCCCCCUCACUGGCUCUAACGGCCAAAUUAGGACCGACUGCAAGAAAGUCAACUGAAAUAUUUUAAUUAAGGAAAAUGUACACCUCUCCACCUUCCACUUUAAAGAGAUAUGAGAAUAAAAGAGAAAUGAAUGAGUGAUAUUAUAAAUUGUGUGAUAAAAAUGUGAGAGAGAUAUGAAGAAAAAAAAAGUGAAAAUAAUAUGUAAGAAAAAUACAAGUGUGAAUAUAUCAAAACUUGUACAAUUAAUUUGGUCCAUUUGUAACAAAAGUGUGAACAUAUCAAAAGUGUGAAUAUAUCAAAA